AUGUCCACACAACAUCAAGCGCUAGUUGAUACAAGAGCUGGUGGCGUUUACAUUCCACCUGCUCGGCUAAGGCAAAUGCAAAAAGAAAUUACUGAUCCUAAUAGUGAGCAGUAUCAACGAAUAACUUGGGAAGCCCUCAAAAAAAGUAUAAACGGCCUCAUAAAUAAGGUUAAUACUUCAAACAUUAAAAAUAUAGUCUUAGAACUCUUUAGUGAAAAUUUGAUUCGAGGAAGAGGACUUUUUGCUAGAUCCAUUAUGAAGGCCCAAGCUGCCUCUCUUCCAUUUACUCCGGUUUAUGCUGCAUUAGUUGCUAUUAUCAAUACAAAAUUACCACAAGUGGGAGAGCUUGUAUUGACACGAUUGAUUGCACAAUUUCGGAAAUCCUAUCGACGUAAUGACAAGACUUCAUGCCUCGCUACGACAACUUUUAUUGCACAUCUUGUUAAUCAUCUUGUGGCCCAUGAAAUAGUUGCUCUACAGAUUCUUGUUCUUUUACUAGAAAAGCCUACCAAUGAUUCCGUUGAGGUGGCAGUAGGGUUUAUGCGAGAGUGUGGCGCUCAUCUGGCCGAAGUGUCACCAAAGGCAAAUAAUGAUGUGUAUGAUCGAUUCAGAGCGAUUCUUCAAGAAGGAAAUAUUGAGACAAGAGUUCAAUACAUGAUUGAAGUUUUGUUUCAAGUGCGAAAAGACAAAUAUAAAGAUAAUCCACCAAUUCCUACGGAUUUAGAUUUGGUACAGGAAGAAGAUCAAAUAACACAUCAUUUAUCACUUGACGAUGAGUUGGAUGUUGAAGAGCAUUUAGUAAUCUUCAAAUUCGAUAAAGAUUAUGUACAAAAUCAAGAGAAAUAUGCAGAAAUCAAAAAACAAAUAUUAGGGGAGGAUUCUGGUGAAGAAAGUGAUGAAUCUGAUUCCGAAGAAACCGAAGGAGACGAGGAAGAAGAGUCGAAUCAAGCUGAAAAGAUGCAAAUACAUGACCAAACAAAUACGAAUUUGAUCACUUUGCGACGAACAAUUUACCUUACUAUCAAGUCGAGUGUUGACAUGGAAGAAUGUUGUCAUAAGCUCAUGAAACUUAAUAUACAAGAAGGACAAGAGGUUGAACUUUGUAACAUGAUAAUCGAAUGCUGUUCGCAAGAACGGACUUACGAAAAGUUUUUCGGAUUAAUCGGAGAACGACUCUCAAAAAUUAAUUUAAUAUGGGCAAAAUCAUAUGAGCAAUGUUUUAUGCAAUAUUUUGAAACGAUACACCGCUAUGAGACGAACCGACUUCGAAAUAUUUCAAAAUUCUUUGGGCAUCUUCUUGGGUCGGACGCAAUUUCUUGGGAAGUAUUUAGAGUGAUCCGGUUAACGGAAGACGACACAACUUCUAGCUCUCGAAUUUUCGUAAAAAUUUUAUUUGAAGAGCUAAAGAGUUCACUCGGUUUACGUAAAUUGAAAGAGAGAUUACGGACACCGUCCAUGCAAGAAUAUUUUGCUGGUCUAUUUCCAAAAGAUAAUCCGAGAAAUACUAGAUUUGCUAUUAAUUACUUUACUAGUAUUGAGAUGGGCGCUUUGACAGAUGAAUUAAGAGAACAUUUACAGAAUGUUCAAAAACUUAUAAUGACAAAAAAGAGAAAAAUUGAUGAAGUAACCUCAUCGUCCGAGUCUUCAUCGGAGUCUUCGUCCGAUGAGUCAUCAGAUUCUUCAACAAGCACUUCAUCUGUUAAUAAUGCAUAUUUUGAUUCACACAUAAAUAAUUGGAAAGUUUUACAGGGGAGGUCACAAUACAAUAGGCAAUGUUCUGCUGUGCAACAAAACCCAGAAUUUCUAUCAGCUAUGUUUUCAAAUCCUGAACAAACAUCAGAGACAGCUCCCUUUCUUUUACCUGUAUCUCCUACAAAGAUCCACGAAGAACACCAAUACCUAAAUUUAAUUAGGCAUAUACUAGAACAUGGUCAAAGACGCUCCGAUAGAACGGGUACAGGAACACUUUCGGUUUUCGCUCCAAAUCAACUACGUUUCUCGUUACGUGAUAACGUGUUCCCACUUUUGACUACAAAACGCGUGUUUAUUCGUGGUGUUAUUGAAGAAUUAUUGUGGUUUUUAAGAGGGGAUACUAAUUCGUUGCACCUUACAGAAAAAGAUGUUCAUAUUUGGGAUGAAAACGGGUCUCGUGAGUAUUUGGAUAAAGUCGGCUUAGGACAUAGGAAGGAAGGUGAUUUGGGACCUGUAUAUGGAUUUCAGUGGAGGCAUUUCGGAGCGGAAUAUGUGGACUGCGAUACAGAUUAUACGGGGAAAGGAGUUGAUCAAUUACAAGAAGUUAUAAGAAUGAUUAAGAGUGAUCCUACCAACAGGCGUAUUAUAUUGAGCGCAUGGAAUCCGGCAGAUCUGAGUAAAAUGGCGUUACCGCCAUGUCACAUGUUUUGUCAAUUUUAUGUGUCUACUCCAACACCCGAAUCACCCAAAUCAACCCUUUCAUGUCUAUUAUAUCAACGCUCUUGUGACAUGGGUCUUGGAGUACCAUUCAAUAUCGCGAGUUACGCGUUGCUUACUCGUAUGAUUGCACAUGUUACCGAUCUCUUACCGGGUGAGUUUAUUCACACUCUGGGCGACGCACAUAUAUAUGUUGAUCACAUAGAAGCGCUCAAAUCUCAAUUAAAACGCGAACCGAAAAAUUUUCCAAAGCUACACAUAAAAAGAGAUGUGAAGGAUAUUGAUGAUUUCCGUUACGAGGAUUUUGUAGUUACUGGAUAUCAACCGCAUAAAAAGAUUGAGAUGAAGAUGUCUGUUUAG